UGCGCGUUUUCAUGCACCAGUGUUUGCGCGUGCGUUCAUAUAUAAAUGUACACGCUUGCAUAUGAAAAUGUGCGUGUAUAUACGUCCAUCAUGAGUCAGAACCCAUGGUCGGUCCGCGUUUCGUAAUUAAUUUCUACGGUGACGAGAAAAAUGCGAGUCUAGACCUGGGACUACGACACCUGCUCACUCCCGGGCCGCUUGUCCUCAGAGGACAUGCCCGUUGUGCCCGGUAAAUCGCGCACCUUUUAUGUUUCUCCUGCUCUGCUCGUAUCCAUUAUAUGUGUCUAGUGUUGUGUGUUUUCUUCUCUUGCCUCUCUUGUCGAACUUUCUGUAUCCCGGUUUUGUUCUUCCAUUGGACUCUCGUUUCUCUCUCUUUCAUCUACAGGUACAUCUUAUUUAAAACAGGUCCUGGCUUCGGUUCUUCGAACUGCCUUCGAACGGUUUCCUUUUCUAUCGACCAGAACGUAAUUUAUUUCCUGUCCUCUUAUAUGUUAUGAAUUUUCAUGCAGCAGUAGCAGCAUAAGAAAGGAUUGUGUUCGAGACGGCAUUUUAAGCCAUCAAAAGUGUGGGCACACAAAUGUUUUUCCGAUUCGUACAUUCGGAUGAUUUUAAACUGUCAAUCUCGUCAUCAAUCGAACAUUCACGAGGAAAAAUGGAUUGUGAACUUUUCGAUAGUUUCGGUUAUCGGACUUACCUUUUGCUUUGUUUUUUUUCCUCUGAAUAAAAGGGUUGAAUCAGAUAGUAUAAGUAACUACAGACAAAGUUAAUAGAGGAAACAUGGAUCAAAACAGGAAUAGACCUAGUAGACCUCGUCUUCGUUCUCAUGGCAAUUCUGCCAGAGUACUUGUAUAUGAUCAGGCUGAAAGUGAAGAAUCUGCUUGUAGUACAGAAACAGAAAUGCAAAAACGACCAAUCCCACUUAAAGUUGAGAGUAAGGAAGCUCCAGUUCGACCUGUUAGUGGAGAAUUAUCAAAUUUGGUUCGUAUGAGAAAUUCUGCAAUUGGGAAGUCUGCACCUUCUUUAUCAGUUCAUGUGCGUGAUUUCAACAUUCCACGGCGUGCUGCUAAAGCAGCUCAUCGUAAAUCCUUUAUUGCAACAACAUCUCCAACUUUACCACGCUGUCAUUCACCAUUGUCAGCGUUUGUCCCGAUUGUAGGCAGUCCCCUAGAAAGUCCUAGGAUGUCAUCCAGUCCACAUUUUGCUUUUGCACCAAUUAAAAGGAUUGGUGGGGGUACCACGGGAACUGGAGAUGGCAGAAGAUGGUCAGUUGCUAGUUUGCCAUCUAGUGGAUAUGGAACGACACCAGGUUCCAGUAAUGUCUCGUCACAGUACUCAAGUCAAGAACGUUUGCAUCAACUUCCAAACGUUCCAACUAAGGAUGAAUUGCGUAUGCUUUCUUGCCAUUUUUCUAAACCUGGUACGCCUUGUUCUUCACACCCGGGUUUUCCGGGGUCUAGUAUUUCUAGUAUUCCAGGGAGCGUAUCUUUGAGUCUUGAUGAAGAAGGCCGUAGAUCACCAUUACAUAGACCACGUUCACGAAGUUUAAGUAGUCCGAGUCGUUCUCCUGUAUUAGAUAGCGAAAUUGUUAUGAUGAAUACACUUUAUAAGGAAAGAUUUCCAAAGGCUACACAGCAGAUGGAAGAACGUUUAACUAAUUUUAUCAAUGAAAACAAAGAGCUGGAUGAGUAUGAAGUAAUGGCAAAUAUGACACAAGAUUCUCUACCAAUUUUACGAUUUGUGCAUCAUCAAGUAAUUGAAAUGGCAAGAGACUGUUUGCAAAAAUCUCAGGAAAAAUUAAUUACAACCAGAUAUUUUUACGAAAUGAGUGAAAAUCUGGAACAUUUGUUGAUGGAGACAAAAGAUAAAUCACUUGAAGCAGCAACGAGAUUGACAGGACUUAUUAAAAAGUUACUUUUGGUAAUAUCGCGCCCAGCUCGUCUGUUGGAAUGUUUAGAAUUCGAUCCAGAAGAGUUCUAUCAUUUACUCGAACAAGCUGAAGGUCAAGCAAAAAUAAACGCGGGAAUAAAAACAGAUAUACCUCAGUACAUUAUUACCAAGCUUUCCCUUAACAGAGAUCCAAUAUCAGAACUCCAAGAAGAUUUAAAUAAGCUAGAAGAUUCAGCAAGUUCAAGUGAUAGUAAUUUACAAAUAGCUUCAAGUCCAAAUAAGGAUGAUGAAAAGUCUCAACGCAUUCCAUGUGAAAGCGAUUACGAAGUAUCAAAACUCAUUAGUAAUGGUGCAUAUGGCGCAGUGUAUUUGGUUAAAGAAAAAAAUACACGACAAAGAUUCGCUAUGAAGAAAAUAAAUAAGAAUAAUUUGAUGUUAAGAAAUCAAGUAGAACAAGUCUUUGCUGAAAGAGACAUAAUGAGCUUUACAGACAAUCCAUUCGUAGUUUCUAUGUAUUGCAGUUUUGAGACAAAAAAACACUUGUGCUUAGUAAUGGAAUACGUAGAAGGCGGAGAUUGCGCAAAUCUUUUAAAAAAUAUCGGUCCACUGCCACCCGACAUGGCAAGAUUUUAUUUUGCAGAAACUGUUUUAGCUGUUGAAUAUUUGCAUAGUUAUGGUAUUGUUCAUCGAGAUUUAAAGCCUGACAACUUAUUAAUUACUGCCCUUGGUCACAUUAAACUUACCGAUUUCGGACUCAGUAAAAUGGGUCUUAUGUCCUUGGCAACAAAUCUUUACGAGGGCUAUAUUGAUAGGGAUACGAGACAAUUUUCAGAUAAACAGGUUUUUGGCACACCGGAAUACAUUGCCCCUGAAGUCAUAUUGCGCCAGGGGUAUGGUAAACCUGUUGAUUGGUGGUCUAUGGGCAUUAUACUAUACGAAUUUUUAAUUGGCUGUGUGCCAUUUUUCGGUGAUACUCCGGAAGAGUUAUUUGCUCAUACGGUUAACGAUGAUAUCGAGUGGCCUGAUGAUGAUGAUUGGCCUGUUCAACCGGAAGCUAAAGAUAUUAUAACAGCAUUGCUACAACAAAGUCCUAGAGAUCGUUUAGGCACUGGUGGAUCUCACGAAGUAAAAGAACACCCAUACUUUUAUGGAGUAAAUUGGAAUAGUUUACUCAGGCAAAAGGCUGAAUUCGUACCGCAAUUAGUUAAUGAUGAGGAUACAAGUUACUUUGAUACUCGUAUGGAUAGAUAUAAUCACGAUAUAGGUGACGAUACUGAUACCGAUGACUCUCCUUUAUUUGGAUCUUUUUCCUCAUACUCUCCACAAUCACGAAAAAUAUCUCAAACCCGUCCACCGCAAAUAAAUUCUGAACAAGCAGAGUCCGAUAUCUCGAAGAGACAAUUAUUCCGUACUGAACUUGAACGUACAGUUGCUCAAUUGUCUUUCGGAUCUAAUAGUUCAUCUACUCCUCCAUCCAAGUUAGCGGAAUCAACUCCGUCAGAAAAAAAUCGAUCUUCUUCGUCCAUUAAAAAUACCACGUAUAUAGAAACACCACCAAAGGCGGAGAAGUCAAACACAUCAUUCACAAGCCCUGCUACGGUCACCAGCGGCGAAUCUCAAUUGACAGUUAUUAAAAAUAGUCAAAUAGAAGGGACGUCCGUUAAUUUGAGCACUCCCGAUUCCUCGCAAACGGAGUCUGAGGAUAUCAGUCCGCAGAUCCAGAGAAAGCGACAUGUGCAUUCCCGUGAUAAGCUGCCCAGGUUCAGUAUAUGCAUUGAUGAUGAACACAUGUUGGACCUGAUUGCAGCAAACAGAGAUGCAACUGAGGAAAGCAAGCAUAAUUCUAGCACUGAUUCUUUCGAAUCGUUUAGUGCUAUGCCAAUUAUAUCCGCGAAACAAAAGUCGCGUUCUGUGAUUAAGUCCGCAUCCACUAGUGGAUUGUCAUUAGUUAUACCAGCUAGUGAUUUCUCUUAUGAUGCUUCAUUAAAUACUCAACCAAUCGAAUCUCCUGGUGGAUCGUCUACUGCUUCUUCAAGAGAUACGUCUCCUUGUCGUGAAUUGAGUCCAUUGGUAACCAGUUUAAAACCUCCUAUUAUCAUUCGAAGAGGACCGUGUGGAUUUGGCUUUACUGUUCAUACUAUUAGAGUUUAUUAUGGUGAUAGUGAUUUUUACACCAUGCAUCAUCUGGUGAUGGCUGUUGACCAAUCCAGCCCAGCCUUUGAAGCUGGUUUAAGACCAGGUGAUCUUAUAACGCAUAUAAAUGGCGAACCAGUACAGGGUUUAUAUCAUAUACAAGUUCUUCAAUUAAUGUUGAGUGGUGGCGAUCACGUAACAUUGCGUAGUACACCAUUAGAAAAUACUAGUAUUAAAACAGGCGGAAGAAAAAGAGAUCUGACUCAAAGUAAAAUGGCACGCAGAACGCUACAUAAACAGCGUAAAUUAAAACGUGAUCAUUCUGACAAGAAACGAAAAACGUCCCUUUUUAAACGAAUCAGUUCGAAACGUGCUAGCGUAGAGAUGCAACAGCCAUUAACUAUCAGUUGUCCAUUGUCAGCACCCAUUCUAUCCAGUGACAGCAAACCUCCACUUAUGAUGGCUGCAGGAAUUUGUUCACCAUCGAUGGUGACGCCUAGUAGAUCGUUCCAGUCAUUCACACGUUCUCAAGAGACGUCACCAUACUUCGCAACAUGUACAAAGUCCGUCUGUAGUCCAUCCCCGCCAACAAAUCGCGUUAGUUCGGAUUCUUAUCACUCCACGGGGAAUUCGAGUCCCUGUUCCAGUCCAAACUCUUCAUCUCCAGGUUCCACUACGUCUGCUGCAAAUCUACCAACUAUCGCUAAUCAAUCUCACUAUCAGAGACCAAGCACGCUUCAUGGUUUGAAACACAAGUUGCACACGGCUGCAAAAAACAUUCAUUCGCCGAACCGUAGAAAAUCGGUGGGACAUAUACCAUUAUCCCCGUUGGCUAGAACUCCGAGUCCGUCGCCACUUCCCGCUAGUCCCACCAGAAGUCCUAGUCCGUUAGCAUUUCCUACGGGACACCAGCCUGGUAGUUCAAAUACUACGCAGUCUUAUAGUCCAGGUGUCUGCUUAUCAACGCCAAACAAUCAGAAGAAAGGCUAUGGGCGACCGAAGUCAGCGGAACCCGGUUCUCCAUUGUUGAGGAGAGCACUCAGUCCAGAUAGGCUUCAUCCACGAUCCGCAGAGAAUAAAACAUCAAUUUCACCGUUGGCAAACACGGUAGUGAAAGUGACUCCCCGUGCAACCAUAGCGCAAUCUUAUUCCGAAACAUCCGAAGAGUGUAGUGAUAGCUUUAAAGAGCCGAAUGACUCAAAAGUAGAGAAGAAAAUAUCAACGGAUCAAAAGACGGAUUAUUCAAAGAUAUCUCAUGGAAUAUCGAUCAAUUUGGGUAACGUGGGUAUAUCUAACUCCUGCGGCAGCACUCAGCUACCCAGAAUAGCAGAGGAGAAGGAUUCACCAACCGGUUCCAAGGCUGAUGAUUACUCAAAAGAAGUUCAAGGUUUAGAUAAGAUCGAUAAAAACAAUGCGUCUACAAAUAAAUUGGUAGAGUCAGAGAAUAUCGUUGAGCGUUGUGACCGUGUUGAUUUGAAGAUAGAGAAGCAAAAUCCGUGUACGAAAAAUUCAGAAGCCUCCACUAUUAAUAAAAUCGAGUUGAGUAGUCAGUCGGAUAAUUCUUCUAAUAUACAAUCGCGUAGUUUACUAAGUACAUCUCAUAAACAAUCUCAGAAUACUGAGAAAGGUUCGCUGACUUUGAUUCAGAAAGCAUCACAGAGUAGUGAAAAAGGAUCUUCGCAUCAGAAAGCGUUGUUUCAAAGCAACGAAAAAAGCUCGCAAUUUCCCAAUCAGAAGGUAUUAUCGCAAGUCAACGAAAGAAGCUUCUUGCAAACUGUAAUGCAGAAGUCAUCUCAAAACAACGAGAAGGCCAUAGAAAAGGUUGCGUCACAGAAACAGCUUCAAAAUAGUGAAAAGUCAAGUGUAUCUCAUAAAGCGAUGGAGCAAAAGGCAGCUGGAAAAAAUUCCGAGGCUAAUUCUGAAGGGAGAAAAAUAUCGAAGAAGUACAAAGUCGAAAGCUCUGAUAGUUCAAGUAACAUUUCUUUUACACAACACACGAGCACAUGUGAGGCUACGGGAUCUGGGAAGGACAAAAAAAACAAUUGAAUAACUAUCGUCUGAAUGAUCGAUAAGUCUAAAGAUAUUGGGAUAAAAUGUCCGCGUAUAUAACGAUCAGAUUUUUUUCUGUCAAUGAAAUGAAUUGUCUGCUCUUUUUAAAACUUGUUUCUGUUUUCAAUCAAAUUUCACAGAAAAGGAAAAUUGAAUGCCUGAUGGAUACACGGACGCACACAUUGUAAGUCGAGUAAGAUCAGAGUAAUGGCGAAUCAAAAGAAAGUAAACUGAUAUAAAGUUUACAGCUUUAAAAGGAAGUGGUUUGUACUGGAAUUAAGUAUUUAUAGGCUUCCAUCGAAUAAUAUACCUGAACACAUAGCUUUAGCUGGUAUUUCUAUCUCAUGGCGGUAUAUAAGAACUACCGCUGUUCUAUAAUCGUAAUUUUUGUCAUACAAUCAUUGA